CCCCCUCCCUUUCGUUCACUGCUCUUCAGUGCGACUCGUUUGGUAGCCCUCGCUGCGCCCUCUCCAUUCCCCACACGCGACUGAUAGUCGGCCUCCCUCCCCAGCCCUCUACUCCACAGCGACAAGCCCACCCCAGCCCACCCCAGCUUAGCCCAUACCUAAAGCGACUUUCCAUUGCGACCACCCCCCACUGCUCCCUAGCGACAAUUGCCCUUUUUGCCUAAGCGACAAUCCCCUUUGCAACCAUGGAACAAGAAAAGAAGUAUUCUGGCGAGUUCAUCCGCGAGUCGGCCCCCAAUGACGAUAUCCAACAUGGCGACAUGACCGACAACUCGGAUGACUUGCAGCGUCAUCUGGGUAACCGCCAAAUCCAGCUCAUUGCCAUUGGUGGCUCCAUAGGUACUGCCCUGUUUGUGUCCAUCGGUGGUGCCCUCAACUCUGGCGGUCCUCUCGGUAUACUGCUCGCCUACGCUGGAUAUUCGUGUAUCAUUGCCCUCGUAAACAACGCCAUGGCUGAAAUGGCCAGCUUCAUGCCCGUCUCCGGAGGUUUCAUCCGCAUGGCUGGACACUGGGUCGACGAAGCCCUCGGCUUUAUGGCCGGCUGGAACUUCUUCUUCUAUGAAGCCCUGCUGAUUCCGUUUGAGAUAACGGCUCUUAAUGUUGUGCUAAAAUUUUGGAGAGAUGACAUCCCAGUCGCCGCUGUCUGUGCCGCAGUCAUUGUCCUCUACGCUGCUUGCAACAUCUUGGCUGUCAAGGCCUAUGGUGAAGCCGAGUUUUGGCUGUCAGGUGGCAAGGUUCUCCUUAUCCUGAUCCUCUACUUCUUCACCUUUAUCACCAUGGUCGGUGGCAAUCCUCAGCAUGAUGCCUAUGGCUUCCGCUACUGGCGUGACCCUGGCGUCAUCCCUGGCGCCACCAACCUCGAUCGUUUUGAAGGAUUCCUCGCUGCUCUGUGGGCUGCCUCUUUCUGUAUUGUUGGCCCCGAGUACAUCUCCAUGGUAUCUGGUGAAGCCAAGCGCCCUCGCGUCUACAUCAAGUCGGCUUUCAAGACCGUUUACUUCCGAUUCGGUGCCUUCUUCAUCCUCGGUGCCCUUUGCACUGGUGUCGUUGUAGCCUACAACGACCCACAGCUCGAGUCGGUGGUCAAGUCUGGUGAGAAGAGCGCGGCUGCCUCUCCCUACGUCAUUGCCAUGAGCAACCUCAAGAUCAACGGUCUUCCUCACCUUGUCAACGCCCUCUUGAUCACAAGUAUCUUCUCUGCCGGCAACACGUACACGUACUGCGCCACUCGCAGCUUGUACUCGCUCGCUAUCGAGGGCCGUGCCCCCAAGAUCUUCCGCAAGUGCACUAAGAAUGGUGUCCCCAUCUACUGCUUCAUUGUUGUUAUGAUCUUCCCCUUCUUGUCCUUCCUGCAACUGUCGGACAGCUCAGCAAAGGUUCUGAAAUGGCUCGUCAACAUCAUUACCGCUGGAGGUUUGAUCAACUUCAUUGUCAUGUGUGGCACCUACAUUGCCUUUUACAAGGCAUGCAAGGUCCAAGGACUCGACCGCAAGACGCUCCCAUACUGCGGUUACUUCCAGCCCUACGGAACCUGGUUCGCUCUCUGCUUCGAGAUCUGCGUUGUCUUUGUCUAUGGCUACAGCACCUUUAAGCCCGGCAACUUCACUGCCGAGACCUUCCUUACCUACUACACCAUGGUCAUAGUAGCUCCAAUUCUGUUCAUCUUCUGGAAAGUGUUCAAGAAGACCAAGUGGCUAGCGCCACACGAGGUUGAUCUUGUUUGGGAUGCUCCUCUCAUUGACGCCUACGAGGCCUCUUUCAUCACCCCACCCGUCAGCUUCUGGACGGAGAUGCUUCAGCUCAUUGGUCUGAAGCGCAAUGUUCCUGUCGACAAGCGUGCUGUCUAAGAUGAUUUGAGAUUUGAUGAGCAUCGUCUUUUUGUUUGGCACUGUGCAUGGUGCGCAGUAAGGUUUUUUGAUGAUAUAUUAACCUAGAUGGUUAGACCGGUCGUUUGAACAGCCCACAGGUGCUGGUUACGUGUCCAGAUGAAUUCAAUACCCAUUUCUUUUGCAGAAACAACAUUGUGGCAAUUUGCGAUUGGUGGCGACUUGCGAUUAUUGACGACCUCUCCUAUCCCAUUGCGACAAACAGCCAGGCUGAUAUCCGAUCUUCGAUCCCCAUCCCCAAACCCAAGCAACACUGAUAUUUUGGCACCCGAUUGCGACCAGCCGAAGCGACGCCACCAUAGCCGUACACCUACACGCGACGCUACCCAUGCGGCAAAUGUACAUGUGACUUCCACGCGAUUGUGAAUCUAGCCGAGUCUUCGAUAUCGAUUACU